AUGGCCGGAACCGCUGAUGCUGCUAAACAAGCUUUGAGCUCAAUCUUCGAUAAAACUAAGGAUGUCUUGUCUACUGCUGCUGAUGCUACCAAGGGAUAUGCUACCCAGGCUCAGCAAGCCAUUGGAAAAAUAAUUCCAGGAGCUAGCCAAGAUCUUCAAGAUCCCAAUGCUGUUGCACCAGCUGCCACGGAUGCUGCUCCAGCUCCACCAGCACCAACUCAGUAA